UCGACAUCCAGACAACAUGAAGGCUUCAUCUGUGUCUCUGCUGCUCGGUGUGUCUGUGCUGCUGCUGUCUGGACUGACUGAUUCUGCAGAUUCUCAGGUUAUUCUGGAGAUUCCUGAACUUCCUGUGGUGGCAGGAAGUGAUGUCACUCUGCGCUGUAGAACCAAAGAUCAGGUCGCACUUGAAGCCUUUUUCAUCAGGAAUGGUUCUAAACUUGGAUCUGGACCUGAAGGACAGUUUACCAUCAGGAACAUCAGUCAGUCUGAUGAAGGUCUCUACUGGUGUUAUUUUGAUCAGACUGAAGAAUCUCCUCGGAGACGGCUGAGUGUCAGAGAUUCUCAGGUUAUUCUGGAGAUUCCUGCACUUCCUGUGGUGGCAGGAAAUGAUGUCAUUCUGCGCUGUAGAACCAAAGAUCAGGUCGCACUCGAAGCCUUUUUCAUCAUUGAUGGUUCUAAACUUGGAUCUGAUCUUGAAGGACAGUUUACCAUCAGGAACAUCAGUCAGUCUGAUGAAGGUCUCUACUGGUGUUAUUUUGAUCAGACUGAAGAAUCUCCUCGGAGAUGGCUGAGUGUCAGAGGUCCUACUGCCCCUUCAACUUCUACUUGUACAUCCGCUCCUCCUUUUCCUUCUUCUUCUUCUUCUUCUUCCUCCUCCUCCUCCUCCUCCUCCUCCUCUCCUUUCUCCUCCCCAGCUUCCCCCCCUCUUUCUCCUCCACUUGGUGCAGCUGUGGGUUCUCUGGUUCUUCUGGUUCUUCUGGUUCUUCUGGUUCUGGUCCUGGUCGGAGUUCUGUUGCUCCGCAGGAAUCAAACAGAUGCUGUCAGAUCUGCUCAAAGGAAACACACUGCAGGUCUGGCUGUGCUGACCGCUGCAGGUGAGCUGAUGGAAGUCUGUCGGUCUGUCUGUUGACCUCUGACCUUUAGUGACCUCUGACCUUUAGUGACCUCUG